AUGGAUGGAGUGAAACAGGCGCUUGGCGCCAUGUACUCAGGAGCAAGCCAGGAAGACAAGAAAAGGGCUGCUUCCCACUUGGAAGAGUUCCAGAAAUCCUCAGAGGCCUGGCAGGUUUCCCAUGACUUGUUACUGGAUCCCAAUGAGCCUUUGGAGUAUAAGAUGUUUGCCUCACAGACCCUCAAGGCAAAGUCCAUGUAUGAUUUAUCACAGGUUCCUCAGGAGCUGUUGCAUCAACUUAAGGGCUCUGUUCUACAGCUCUUGGCGAUUUACUCCAACGAAAGUGAUCGUCUAAUCAGGACUCAGUUGUGUCUUACAUUAGCCCACUUGUCCCUUCAGUAUUUGGAAUGGCAAGGCGCUAUGAACGAGAUUUCCACGUUUUUAUCGUCCAAGCCUGAAUACAUGCCAGCUUUGCUUGAGUUUUUCAAGGUUUUGCCCGAGGAGUUGUCUGAAACAAACAAGUCAGCAUUGACAGAUGAAGAGUUCAACUCGAGAUCCGCUGAUCUCAUCACUCAUAACGUGGAGAAUGUUUUGCUUUUCCUUAAAAACGUCAUUGAACAAAAGACUGCUCCUUCUACCAUUGUGUUGGACUGUCUUAACUCAUGGAUCAAGGAGUGUCCUGUUGAGAGCAUUUGCCAGGUGGACUUAUUCGUGCAUUUAAUUUUCGAGUCCAUUACCCAAGAAGCUACUUUUGAAAAGGCCGUGGAGUGUCUUUGCUCUAUUUUACGUGAAACAAGAGAUAUCCAUAACUUCUCCUUGGUGGAUGCCUUAUACGGCCAGAUCCUUAAGAUUCAUGAGUUCUAUUCUGCCCAUCCUGAUAGAUUGGACGACCCAGAGGUCGUCGACGGGCUCACCAAGCUUUAUGUCGAAGCUGGAGAACUGUGGCAUGUCUUGAUUGCUAAGCAUGCUGCUCAUUUCAAGCCAUUGGCCCAAAUCUUGCUCAACUGCUGUAAAUACGAUGAAGAUUUGGACGUGGUGAAGUAUACUUUUAAUUUCUGGUACGAACUCAAGCAGAUGAUCACUCUUCCCAAGUUCGAAGCUGCCAGGGCAGAGUUUGUGGAUAUCUACUUGCUGUUGAUUGAGGUGAUUAUCAAGCACCUCGCAUACCCAGUGGGAACAAACGAGAAUGACCUUUUCGAAGGUGAUAAGGAGCAAGAAGAUAAGUUUAAGGAAUUUAGGUACGAGAUGGGAGAUGUCUUGAAGGAUUGCUGUGCCGUGGUUGGUCCUCAAAAGGCACUCAGUAUCCCAUUCCAGCACCUCCAGUCACUUUUAUCCCAGUCCAAUACUCCUUGGCAGCAUUUGGAAGCUUCCCUUUUCAGCAUGAGGGUCAUGGCCAGAGAAGUUUCUACCAAGGAGAAGACCAUUUUACCUGCUAUUAUGGAAAUGCUUGUCCAAUUACCAGAACAUCCAAAGUUGAGAUAUGCUGCUACGUUGGUGUUGGGCAGGUACUCUGUCUGGACAGCGAAGAACCCUGAAGCUCUUGAGCCGCAGCUUAACUAUAUCACUAAAGGGUUCCAGGGUGAUCUAGUCAGUCGGUUGAACCCCGUUGAUAAGGAUGACAUUUACAACGCUACAUGCCAAGCGUUGAUGUUCUUCUGUGAGGACUGUGCAUCUUCACUUGUCAACUACUUGGAGCAGCUUUACAUGCUCUACCAGCAAGUGCAUACUGAGCUUAAACCUAAAGCUCUUUACGAUUUGAUGACGGGUUUGGCUCAUGUUAUUAAGAAGAUGCCAGUUGAGGACCAGUAUAAGACAUCCCAAAUGUUCUUGGAACCUACCAUCAAUAGAGUGAAGCACCUUGCUACCCAAGGGUCUGCUCAAGACGCAAACGUCACCAAUGCAUUACACGAUGAAGCUGAGCUUCUUAGCAUCUACUUGAGGGUUUUACGAGCACUGAACUUUGAAGUCAAAGAGUACCCUAUUGCCAACUUUUUUAUUGAUUCUAUCUGGCCAGUUGUUGAAGCUGUCCUUGAGAAAUUCAACAUGUCGCUUCAUGUGAGUGAAAGUUUCAUCAAGGUGAUCAAGAGUGCCGUGCACAGCUGCAGCAUAUACAUUUCACCUAUCUUGCCACAAAUUGCCCAGGCAAUUCACAAUGGGUUCCGUGCUACCACAUACGGAUGCUACUUGUAUGUUACGGCUUCAUUGCUUCGAGAAUUUAGCGACGACACUGUCAGUCCUGAAAUCCAUUCUGCUGUAUAUGGUCUUGGUUUAGAGCAGAGUUCAUCUUUCUUUGAGUUGCUCAAAGAGAAGCCUGAUUCGAUCAGAGAAAUGCCCGAUGUGAUUGAAGAUUUCUUCAACAUGUCCACCGAAUUACUCAUGUUCUACCCUAACAAGACCAUCAGCAACGAGCAGCUCAUGAAGUCGAUUCUUCAUGCUGGUAUUCUCACGCUCACCACAUGUGAAGAAUACAACCCACUCAUUGCAUGUGUGCAUUUCUUCAUUGACUACGUUUCGUGGGGAUCACCAUACCCACCGAUUUCAUUCUUUGACGACGACCCUCAGCAUAUCCAACAAGCCGUGAAGCAGUUUUUGGUUUCAUCCAACCACGGCGAGCAGCUCAUUAAGGUUGUGCUCCAAGGCCUCAUUUUCAAAUUCUACAACGAUGUCGACGCUAACGAUCUUGUGAUUAAGAUCUUGACAGUUUCUCCCAACACAGAACAAGCCAUUGGCUGGCUCCAAAACGCAGCCAGCAGUCUCCCGAACGUGAGCGGCAAGGAGAUCGAGAAAUUGAUCGGAUCAAUCAACGUGGCUCUUCCUAACAAGGACAAUCGAAGAGUCAGAAUGGCUGUGAAAGACUUUGUUAGCUGGUACUCACGCAAGAAUGUGAAUCUGAGAAGCACCUUUUAG